AUGAACUCGCCGACUCAUACCAUAGAUCCAGACGGCGAAGUGAUCAUAAUAUUGCGCAAUGCGAAUAGUCCGUUUGUUCAGCUGGACUCUGACAUUUUUCCAUGGUUGUCUGGUGAUGCCCGAGGAUCCCAUGAGGUGGCCGAGGUUUCGAAAUACCUUUUUGGACAGCCAGAGCUGAGUCGCAAGGAAAAGAGGAAGAAUAAGAAGAAGAAGAAGGAUACGAAAAGCAAGUAUGGGACGAUACCGACCGCCCUUGAGUUCACUUCGCCAAAUGAGGGAAAGCCUCUGUUAUAUAAUGCCCUCUGUUAUAUAAUGCCCUCUGUUAUAUAA